AUGUUCGUGUCGUGCGGCUUCAACUUUCUGAUUACGCUCUUCCUUUUUCCAAACAUCGCGACGGGCAUGUUCCCGGACUCAAAGUGGUUUGCGACCGUCGCCGUUUUUCUCUUCAACUGCUGUGAUGUGAUGGGGCGCUGGUCGCCGUCGCUGAAGUUCAUGUGGCCGCGGAGCUACGGUGGGCGAUGGAUCAUCGUGGCAGCGUCCUUUGCUCGCGUCAUCUUCGUGCCGCUGCUGCUGCUCUACUCCUACCACUACAUCCCGAGUGAGGCGUACGGCUAUGUGACGGAGGUCAUCUUCGGAUUUUCCAACGGCUACGUCGGCUCCAUGUCGCUCGUGCUGGGUCCUCAGUCAAAGGGCAUCGACAACGAUGGCAAGCGCGUCGUGGCGGGUACGCUGAUGGGCAUUUCGAUCCUCAUUGGCGGCACGAUCGGCACGGUGCUGAGCAUCAUGACCCAGACGGUUCGCGAGAAAUACUAA